AUGUGCACUGGUCAAAUAGUUGUGACUUCAUGGCUGUUGCGUGCCUCAAGUUGGGAAUGGUGUUGCCUAGUCUCGCGUAGCCUUGGAGGACUGGUCAAUGACGGGCUCUACGUCUGGUAUUCCACAUUCGAAGAAGCAAUGGUUACAUCGGGCCGCACUAUAUGCAGCCUCGAUGCAGCCCAGCAGUCUGGUCCCCAGGCUCUGGAUUUACGAUUGCCUAGCAGGGUCAUGGGGGCCGAAUGUCUAAUCUUAGAUGGGAAAUGGCGCCCGCAGGUGCAGACCUUUGCUUUUUGCCUCACUGAUGGAACCUGA